AUGAGCGUCCUCGGAGGUAUGCCGCGGACACGGUCUCGUCCAAACCUCAAAGCUCCUCCUCCUGUACCUCCUCGCACGACCAACGGCGAUAUGACAGCCUUCGCCCUUCGGCAACACUUGCAAACUCUCCUAGAGCAGAAAUCCUCCCAGCUCCAGGUUCUGGGUACAAUGGGUCAGGAGGUUUUGAAACAGCAACAGGAGCUUGAGGAAAGAAUCAAAGAUUUUGAUAAGACCGGAACGGAUGACGACGAAGAGCUAGAUGAGGAAGCAAAGAUGAAAUUACAACAACUGGACCAAGCCAUGAUCUCGUGGGAAAGUCAGAACGAAGGUAUGAUGAGAGGUUUGACGAGCAAGGGAGCUGAUAUGGCAUUAUCAGCUGUCUUGCCAGACUCACAAGGCGAGUCUGCAGCUCUGGGCAGUUCACUAUCGAGAAGACAACGCAACGCCCAACAUCGAGCACUCGAUAUGGAGUUUGCAACGGAAAUCGGACAAAAUCUACUGGUGGAAGUGCGUCGUCUGCAAGCUCUCCUCAGUGAGAGAGAUCGUGCCAUUGAGCGAUUCGGAGAAGAGAAAGAUUCAUGGGAAGCCGAGCGAGAAGGACUACUCGCGGCAGUCCGGACCGCAGAGCUGAACGUCGAUCGAUACAAGGAAGACAACUGGAAUCUUGAAGUCAACUUACAAGAACUUCGUGCCGCUCAGAAUGAGAUGAACGAGCAGCUCACAAAGACUGUCGCAGAACAAACUCGCUUGUCAAGAUUCCUCACGACUGCAAGAGAGACCGCCGAGAUGCAUAAAACUGAGGCUGAGAAGAACGCCGCUCUUCUCACCGACUUCAAGAUCAAGCAUGAGACCGAGAUGGCACAAGCAAGAAAGGCCACAGCGGGCUUACAACGGGACAAGAGCGAUCUCCUUACAGAACUCAAUGUCGAGCGACAGCGAAAAGUCAGCGAUAUCCGUGCUCGUCUUUCUCGUGGAGCCAGUCCGGGUCUGCUUGGACCCAACGGGUCCGAAAUUGAGGAAGGGGAAGAUGUUUUCGCCACAACUGAGCGAGAAAGUCCCACAAAGAAAGGACCAGGGUUCGGGUACGACGAUCAAGCUCAUUCUCCAUCUCAGUUGUACCACAGCGAUUUCGAUACACCCGAUCCGACUCCAUCCAAAUUAGGUGACAAAAAUCGUCUUCCGCUAGGAGAGAUGUACAUCAAUGAGAUUGACGAGCUUCGUAGCAAUCUGGAGAAAGCCCAGGCGGAGAUCAAUGGUCUCAGGAGUCAAGUUGCCAAAGUCAACGCAGUCGACGUGCGGUCCGGUAGUCCCGAUGUAGACGAAUUUGGUGUCCGAACGCCUGGACUGGGUGAGUGGGCAGACGAGAUGGGAGGUUUGACGCCUUCCGCUCGUGGACUGGGCUCGACAAGAGGUCGACGUGGCCGAGGAAGAGGCUUCGCCGCCAGUAUCGGACGGAAGUUGGGCUUUGGGCGGUCAUCGGCUGCAUUCGGUACUCCGGGGGAUACAAGCUUGUCCUCAGCCAGCUCUGGUACGCCCGAUUUACUUCGAAGUCGGGCGAAGGCAUCAGAUUCAUCCAUGUCUUUUGCUACACCUUCCCCUCCUGCUAGCCGAGGUACCUUCUUAGAGCGGGCCAUAGCCUCUGACACCGCCGUGAACUCGACCAACAUGUCGUCGUCGUCAGAGCCUCGCUCUUCAGUCUCGUCCAAGUUAUCACUCGACUCGAUGAUUCCUGAUCUCCAUGCAGGACCAGCUUUGGCCGACGAGUUGGGAGCGGAACAACUCACUAGCGCUCUACAACCCGAAGGCCCAGCGUCAAUCGAUGAUUGGUCUCCCGAGAAGUCCGCAUCGCCUAGUCCCCUCGUUAUCUCCCCUCCAGCGCCUCAAGCAUCCAUUGCUCAACAGGACGCUAGUACCCCCAGACGUCCCGAGACAUUGCAGCAACCACCACAUUCGCCCGGAGGUGGGGAUGUUACUCCCACCCGUGCUUCAGUAGCACUCCCUCGAUCCGCUGUCUUCCCUAGAUCCACUUCUAUCGCUGGUUCGUUCAUGUCCACCACGACCGAUGAAUACGUCGACGCGCAGUCAAAUGCGACGCUCACACCAGAACGAUCUCCUUCUCCCUUGGCGACGGAUACGGAUGCGUAUCAUACCGGUAACGAAUGGCACACUUCUCACGCUGAAUCCAGUGCCAGUGAAGAUAGCGACGACGAUGAUACCCGUCGUAUGACGGCUAUCGGGUUGACUGGUCUGGCUAUUGGUAACAGCUCCAGAUUCAAUCGCUCCAUUCACAGGCCCAGUAGGGAUAAGAUUGUUGAGCGUGUGGUUGAGAAGAUCGUUGAGGUAGAGAGAAUCGUGGAGGUGGAGAAGAUCGUGGAGAAAGUAGUAGACAAGAUAGUGGAAGUGGAAAAGAUAGUGGAAGUUGAGAAAAUCGUCGAGGUACCAGUGGAUCGUAUUGUGGAAAAGAUCGUGGAAGUGGAAAAAUUAGUCGAGAUACCAGUGGAUCGGAUAGUGGAGAGAAUAGUGGAAGUGGAAAAGAUCGUGGAGAAACCAGUGGACCGAAUAGUGGAGAAGAUUGUGGAAGUCGACAGGCCAGUGGAGAAGAUCGUUGAACGCAUUGUUGAGGUGGAGAAAAUCGUCGAAGUCCCCAAGAUCGAAGAGAGGGUCGUUGAAGUUGAACGACGAGUAGAGAAGAUCGUUGAAAAGAUCGUCGAGGUACAGAAAAUUGUUGAAGUGGAGAAGAUUGUAGAGGUCCAGGUUCCGGUCGAUCGGGACGUGGAGAAGGUCGUGGAGAAACCAGUGACUGUGGAGAAGAUUGUGGAGGUAGAAAAAAUCGUGGAAGUGCCGCAAGAGCGGAUUGUAGAGGUGGAGAGAAUCGUGGAAGUUGAGAAAAUCGUGGAAGUACCGGUGGAGAGAAUCGUCGAGGUCGAAAAGAUCGUCGAAGUACCAGUUGAGAAGAUCGUUGAGCGCAUCGUCGAGAAAGAAGUCUUCGUUGACAGAAUUGUGGACCGACCUGUGGAAGUGGAGAAGAUCGUCGAGAGAAUAGUGGAAAUACCUAUACAGGUGGAACGCAUCGUGGAGAAGAUAGUAGAGAAAAGGAUCGAGGUCCCUGUGGAAGUUGAACGUAUUGUUGAGAAGAUUGUCGAAAUCCCUAUCAUCGUGGAAAAGAUUGUGGAGGUGGAAAAGAUCGUCGAGAAAAUCGUCGAAGUACCCACUCCACCGACUUCCAACCUCUCAACUUCCACCCAAACCGACCCGUCAGCUUCAGCUUCAGUCCCAGCCUCACCUCGCAUUCCGUCCGGAGGAAUGUUCAGAAUCACUCCCGGAGCAAACUACGAUUUCCUCAAAGCUCCUCCUACUCCCAGCACUGUCCGUCGUAAAUCUGAUCAAUCCUCUGUUCGCUCUUUCGAUGGUAUGCCUCAAAGCCGUGACGUCGUUUCCGCUACUGGUGUUGACGGACUACCUCCAUCUCCGGACCCUGAUAGGACCCGACCUCCCACCAUGCAUCUUCCUCCUCCACCAUCUGGACCUCCACCAAAGGGCGCCAAGAAGAUGUCCACUGGACCUCCUCCUCGACCUCAGUCACCCCCACCUGAGGACUUCGUGACAAGAGCCCAAUCAUCGACAAUCAAACAUCGACCUCGGCCUGUUCCAUCAUCUGCUGCCGCUGCUGUGCGUGCAUCUUCAGCUAUGGGCCCUCCCCCACCUCGACGUCCAUCCGUGCAUUCGGUCCGCACUCAGAAUGCAGGAUCGACCCCAGCAAAAGAAGGAUCCAUCCUCACUGCUCGACGUCACAGACAACCGAGUGGAUACGUAUCGGGAGGAUCGAGCAUUUCAUCUUAUCAUCCCAACGCGUCCAUGUCAUCACUUGGUUCUGUCGCUCCUCAGAAGAACACGAGGGAGAACGCAGGAAGUACCGAUCCAGUUACCAUACACGCCAUUACUCAGUCAAUGAUUGGGGAGUAUUUGUACAAAUACACCAGGAGGACUAUCGGGAAAGGUCAAAGUGGGAAUAGGCACAAGAGAUUUUUCUGGGUUCAUCCCUACACUAAAACAUUAUAUUGGAGUUCGGAAGAUCCAGGUAGCUCAAGAGCUACAGAGUCUAGUGCUAAGAGUGUUUUCAUCUCUAGCGUUCGAGUGAUAGAAGACACCAACCCUCAACCAGCCGGAUUACAUCAUCAAAGUAUCAUAGUCUCAACUCUUGGACGUGAAAUACAAUUCACUGCUCCCACAGCUGAACGACACGAAUUGUGGAUGUCAGCUCUUCAAUUCCUCCUUCAUCAACCUAACCAAACUUCCAAUACUAUAACAUCUGCCAAUGCCACUUUGGUCAAAUCUCAAUCACAACUUCAAGUUGGUAUGCCUGAUGAACAAGGUCGUUUGAUACCUCCCGUACCGAAAUCACCAGCCAUGCCAAAAUCACCUUUGAGUAUGAGGAGUUUGAAUUCUUUCGAUAAUUCUUUUAACACUACCCCUAGAGCUCGUCCUCAUACCAGUAUGAGUAUCAGAGCUCCGAGUACGAUAGGUAAAAGGACGGGAACGGCAGCUUUUGAAUAUAUGAAAAGACAUGAAGUCCCAGAACCUUUAUAUGGUGGACAUAGAUACAAAGGAACAUAUAAAGGAAAUCCUAUUGCAGAUCCGGAAGAUUAUGAUCUAGUGGGUGCUGAUGAGGGUGAUGAUCCUGAUGCUAGUUUUGAAGGUUUGGAGAAUGUGCGAGCUUGCUGUGAUGGUCGUCACGUUGUAGGUGACCACAAACACCACCACCAUCAUCAUCAUCGUCCACCUAUCCCACCUGAUCCUCGUACGCCAGUACGCACCACCACUCCAAGUUUGAAAUCUUGGUCUAUACGAUCCCGAAGACAAAGUAACGCUUCUUCCAAAGUAGCAGGAAGUAUGUUCGGUCGACCUACACCUACUCCCGGACCUGGAGAUGGUGCUAGUAUGAAAUCGGCGUUUUCAGGAAUGCGUAGUAAGAGCGCUUUGGGUCAUAGGAGGGAUAGAGAGAGGAGUGAGACGCCUACUCCUAGAUAAUGAGGUUGAAUGGGGUUUCUCCUCUGGUAGGAGAGGAAGGGAAGGAAAGGGGAAUGACGGGUGAUGAGUGAUGUGAUCUAUUUGGGUAUGGGUAGUGUCUAUAAAAGGUAUCAAUCGAGGAUGCAUGGCUUAUCGUGAUU